CAGCCCAUUAUAUGAGAGUAUUAUUGGUGUUGAAGAUAGAAAAGAAAGAGAAAGAGCGAUGCCAGGAUCAUUGAGGCCUCGGUUUGUUAUCUUUGGUUCUUCCAUCGUUCAAUUUGGUUUUUAUGAUGAAGGUUGGGUGGCUAUUCUUUCUCAUUUGUAUGCCCGCAAGGUUGAUAUUGAUUUGCGAGGAUAUGCUGGUUGGAAUUCAAGGCGUGCUGUGCAGGUUCUGGAUAAAGUUUUUCCCAAGGAUGCCCCUAUACAACCUUCAUUGGUUAUUGUCUACUUUGGUGGUAAUGAUUCUUCUGCUCCCCUCUCAUCUGGCCUAGGUCCUCAUGUGCCUCUCCAAGAAUACAUUGAAAAUUUGAGGAAGAUCGUUGACCAUCUCAAGAGCCUCUCAGAGAACACUCGCAUUCUACUUCUCAGUACUCCUCCCCUCAAUGAUGCAGCAAUUACGCCAAACAGUGAUGGGAAGCCAACAAAGACAAAUGAAGCUUGUCAAAUAUAUUCAGAAGCAUGUUUGGAUGUGUGCCGCAAGAUGAAUAUCAAGGCCAUUGAUUUGUGGUCUGCUAUUCAGAAAAGAGAUAACUGGCAAGAUGUUUGCUUCAUUGAUGGAAUUCACCUCUCAUCUGAGGGAAGCAAGAUAGUGUUGAAAGAGAUACUGAAUGUCCUCAAAGGUGCAGAAUGGGAACCUAGUCUAUAUUGGAAAUCAAUGCCAAGUGAGUUUGAUGAAGAUUCACCAUAUGAUCCAGUUACAACUGAUGGAAAGUCAACUAUUAAUCUUUCCAGCUGGGUCUUCCCUGACAAUGACAAAUGGGACUAGACUUUAUAUGUGCAUUAACGGCGAGUCACUGAAUCGCAUCGAACGAAAAUGCCUAUUUUUAUCUUUUUUUUUUGUGUUGCAUGUUUGGGUUCCUUUCUUUAUCGUGUUUAUUUCUGUAUUACUUGCAAAAAAUGACGUCUAUUACUAUGAUUAACUUUGAGGUUCACGAGUCAUUUUCAAUCUUC